UUAUCUCCCGGUUAAACGAAUCUAGCGUCGCCAUUAACUUGGAAAUUAAAUCCAAACAAAAAACUUCUCCGUUAAUCGGGCGAUCCGGCAACGAGGCUGCGGAAGUCGCUUUCCGUUUGGAUAGAGUUCGAUCAACGUCGACCCUCUGCGCGCCUAGACGCGUCGCGUUACGCGCUGGACACAUGCGCCAAUCCAGUCGCCGUCCGCACACGAAGGACGAAGGAACGUUGGCGACGACUACCCACGUUUUCGAGUCGACAGAAUGGAGAGAGGAGGACCGAGGUACCGAUCUUUGAAGAGCGACGAAACUUAUCAGAAUUUGGAAAUCGACCGUCAGUCGGAUAAAACUGAAGAAAAACAAAAGCUUUAUGAAGAUGAUUCUGUUGGUGACAAACAAAAACAUUUCUCAUGCACAAAAUUGCAAGCUGUCUGCGUAACUGCUGUAAUAUUUGUGCUGUUGCUGGUGAUUGCUUUGAUUGCAGCUUUCAUACGGCCGGUCUCACGUUGCGAAAAUGAAGCUCAUCUCGAAGUAACCGAAGUUUCUCCGACUGAAGAACAACCAGAAGACAACAUGUGUCCCUGGCAGGACAUUCGCCUACCUUCUUUUAUAGUUCCAAAGCAUUAUUCGUUGUUUCUUCAUCCAAAUUUAACAACCUUUUUAAAUAAGGGCAGUGUUAAUAUUAGUUUUGUUCUGGAUCGAGAGUCCAACUUUGUGGUUUUACAUGCUAAAGAUUUAAAUUUUACAAAAUUCAUUCUUAUGACAGAGAACAAAAAAGAAAUUACAAUUCUUCAACAUAUUGAAUGUCACAAACAUGAGCAAAUUUAUAUUCAGUUCUCCAAAAGUUUACAAAAAGGCACAAAUUAUGUCCUAAUUAUUGAUUUUAUGAAUAUCUUAGAAGAAAAAUUGGAAGGAUUUUAUAUUAGUUCUUAUAAAACAAAAGCUGGAGAAAAAAGGUAUCUCGCCACCACACAUUUUGAACCUACUGCAGCAAGAUUGGCUUUUCCAUGUUUUGACGAACCCGCUAUGAAAGCUAAGUUUCAGUUGAAAAUGGUGCAUGAUUUAUCACAUUCUGCUUAUUUUAAUUCAAAAUUGAUUAAAACCACAUCUUAUGGAAAUAAUUUGAGGUUAACAUUAUUUGAAGAAACAGUAAAAAUGAGUACUUAUCUAGUUGCAUUUGUUGUUUGUGAUUUUAAGCAGAUAAACAUGACAAAAAAAGGAAUUGAGGUUAGAGUAUUGGCACCAGAAGAACAAAUAGAUCAAGCCUCUUUUGCUUUAGAUGCAGCAGCCGAUAUUUUAAUAAAUUAUGAAAAAUUUUUUAAUAUCAGCUAUCCAUUAUCCAAAUUAGAUAUGAUUGCCAUUCCUGAUUUUGGAGCUGGUGCUAUGGAAAAUUGGGGUCUUAUUACAUAUCGAACAACCAUGAUUUUAUUUAAUCCCGAAGAAACUUCUACUAACUCUGAAGAACGCAUUGCUACAGUUAUUGCUCAUGAGUUGGCUCAUCAGUGGUUUGGUAAUUUGGUGACAAUGGAUUGGUGGAAUGAUCUGUGGCUCAACGAAGGUUUUGCAAGUUUCACAGAAUAUCUUGGAACUAAUUCUAUACGUCCUGAAUGGAAUAUGAUGGAUCAAUUUGUUAUUACUGUACAAAAAGCCUUAGAUCUUGAUAGUUUAAGAAGCUCUCAUCCUAUAAUGGUAGAUGUUAAUGAUCCUAUAGAGAUUGAGGCAAUUUUUGAUGCAAUAUCAUAUGACAAAGGAGCAUCAAUUAUUUAUAUGUUGGAAAAAUUCUUAGGUAUGAAAAUUCUUCAGGAAGGAUUAUCACACUACUUAAAUAAGUAUCGCUUUAGCAAUGCACGUACCAAAGAUCUCUGGGAUUCGUUUACAGAGGUAACAGGCAAGAUGUCAAACUUGAAUGUAUCAAUAAUCAUGGACACUUGGACACGUCAGAUGGGAUUUCCAUUAAUUAAAGUGUCAAGAAGUAAAAAUAUGAUCACUGUCAGUCAGGCUAGAUUUUAUUCAAGUCCAGCCGAGAGUGACGAAACCAAUCAGCAAGAUUUAUCUCCUUAUGGUUAUAUAUGGUACAUUCCUCUGACAUAUUUAACUGAUCAGUCCUUUGAAACCAAACAUGUUUGGCUGAAUACAACAAUGUCAUCAUUUCAAUUAUCUGGAAAUUACAAUUGGUUAAAAUUGAAUGUGAAUCAGACCGGAUUCUAUCGUGUCAUGUACGACGACGAAAUGUGGAAAUCGUUAAUCAAGAUCCUUUGGACAAAUCAUAUGGUUCUCUAUCCUGCAGAUAGAUCUAACUUGUUGGAUGAUGCUCUCACUCUUGCGAGGGUUGGAAUUUUAAAAAGUGAUCUUGCAUUAAAUUUGACGCUUUAUUUAUUGAAGGAACAAGAUUAUGUUCCGUGGAAUACUGCAUUAUUGCAUUUUGGUAACUUGAAUGCUCUGCUGUUUGAAAGUUCUGGACAUUUAUUGUUUCAAAAUUAUAUACAAAAAUUAUUAAAACCAGUUGUUAAAACAAUCAAUUGGGAAAAUGAAGAGCAACACCUCAGAAAGAAAUUGAGUUCCUUGAUUUUGUAUGUUGCUGCUGAAUACGGAGAUUCCGAAACUAUUGAAGAAGCUAAAAAAAGAUUUUAUAAUUGGAUGAAGACAGAUGUGAGAGUCAAUCCUGAUCUGAGAAAUGUAGUUUAUAUGGUUGGAGUAAAAUUUGGAACUCAGGAAGAAUGGAACUUUUGCUGGAAAAAAUUCCAAGAGAGUCAGAUACCUUCGGAGCAACGACUGCUAUUGAAUGCACUCGCAAGUUCGAAUGACAUCUGGCAACUUUCACAGUAUCUAAAUUAUUCUCUAAAUAAAGACAUGAUACGUCCACAAGACACCAUAUACGUCAUUUCGAGAAUUUCUCAAAAUCCCGUGGGACGUCUUCUAACUUGGAGAUUUGUACGAGAAAAUUGGUCAAAAUUAUUAGACAUGUUCGGUCAAGGAAGUUUUGCCAUGGAUUCUAUUAUAUCAAAUGUAAUAUCUGAUUUCAGUACAAGAUUUGACUAUAAUGAAAUAAAAGCCUUUUUUGACAAUGCGGACGUGGGAUCGGGUGGUCAAGCAUUAAAUCAGAGCCUGGAAAGGAUCCGUGCCAACAUUUACUGGAGGGAGAAUGUUGAAUCUUCUGUCAUUCAGUGGCUCCAGCAACAAAUUAAUCAAAAUAUGCAAAGAGUGAAGAGGACAAGCAACUAUGAAAGUGAACUGUGUAGAACUUCAUUUUUAUCCAUUUACAUCCAAAUUUUGGGAGAGACUCUUCCAAAUGAACUAUCUCAGGAUUUUUCUACUAUUUGGAUUCAACAAGGUGAAAAUGCUAAAAAGCAAGUGCUUUAUGGAGAUGAUUCAGUUGGUGACAGACAGAGACAUUUCUCGUGCACAAAAGUGCAGGCUCUCUGCAUUACUAUUACCGUAUUUGUGCUGUUGCUGGUGAUUUCUCUGAUUGCAGCUUUUGCGAGACCUGCCUUACAUUGUGAGAGUAAUGUUCAUUUUGACGAUGCAUCCAAUGUUUCUCCAUCCGAAGAACAUCCAGCAGAUGAUGUGUGUCCCUGGCAGGACAUUCGCCUGCCUUCGUUCAUAAUUCCAAAACAUUAUUCCUUGUUUCUUCAUCCAAAUUUGACAACGUUUUUAAAUAAGGGCAACGUCAAUAUUACUUUCGUUCUGGCUCAAGAUUCUGACUUUGUGGUUUUACAUGCCAGAGAUUUAAAUAUUACAAGAUUUGUUCUUUUGACAGAGGAUGAAACAGAAAUUUCAAUUCUUCAACACAUUGAAUGUCACAAGCAUGAACAAAUUUUUAUUCAGUUUCACAAAACUCUUCAAAAAGAUGCAAAUUAUAUUCUAAUUAUUGAUUUUAUGAAAAUAUUAGAAGAGAAGUUGGAAGGUUUUUAUAUUAGUUCUUACAAAACAAAAGCAGGAGAAAAAAGGUAUCUUGCCACAACACAUUUUGAAGCUACAUCGGCAAGAUCAGCUUUUCCAUGUUUUGACGAACCCGCAAUGAAAGCUAAAUUCCAAUUAAAAAUGGUGCACGAUUCAGUGCAUUCUGCUUAUUUUAAUUCAAAAUGGAUUACAACUGUGCCUUACGAAAACAAUUUGAAUCUAUCAUUAUUUGAAGAAACGGUACAAAUGAGCACUUAUCUAGUUGCAUUUGUUGUUUGUGAUUUUAAGCAGCUAACGACAAGAAAAGAAGGAAUUGAAGUUAGAGUAUUGGCUCCUGAGGAACAAUUAAAUCAAGCAUAUUUUGCUUUGGAUGCUGCAGCCAAAAUUUUAGUUUACUAUCAAAAAUUUUUUAAUAUCAGCUAUCCGUUACCAAAAUUAGACAUGAUUGCCAUUCCUGAUUUUGGACCCGGUGCAAUGGAGAAUUGGGGAUUAAUUACUUAUCGAAUGACCACGAUUCUGUUCAAUCCCGAAGAAUCGUCUUCUGAAAGUCAGGAACAUGUUGCCAUUGUUAUUGCUCAUGAAGUGGCUCAUCAGUGGAUUGGUAAUCUUGUAACAAUGGAUUGGUGGAGCGAUCUGUGGCUUAAUGAAGGUUUUGCUAGUUUUAUGGAAUAUUUGGGAACUAACUCUGUGAGACCCGAAUGGAAAAUGAUGGAGCAGUUUGUAAGUACCACACAAGAUGCAUUAGCUUUAGAUAGUUUAAGAAGUUCUCAUCCUAUAAUGGUAGAAGUCAAAGAUCCAGUAGAGAUCGAAGCAAUUUUUGAUGUGAUCUCCUACAAAAAAGGAGCAUCAAUUAUACACAUGUUGGAAAAUUUUCUUGGAAUGGAUAUUCUUCAGCAAGGAUUGUCACAUUAUUUGAGCAAAUAUCGUUUUAAGAAUGCUCGAACCAAAGAUCUCUGGGAUACGUUCACAGAGGUGACAGCCAAGUUAUCAAACUUGAAUGUAUCAAAAAUUAUGGACACUUGGACUCGUCAAAAGGGAUUUCCAUUAGUUACGGUGUCGAGAAGUAAAAAUAAGAUCACCGUCAGUCAGGCUAGAUUUCAUUUGAGUCCGGCUGAGAGCGAUGAAACCAAUCAGCAAGAUUUAUCUCCAUACAGUUAUAUAUGGUAUAUUCCUCUCACAUAUUUAACCGAUCAGUCCUUCAAAAUCAAACACAUUUGGCUGAACACCACGACAUCAUCAUUUCAAUUAUCUGGACAUUACAAUUGGUUAAAAUUGAAUGUGAAUCAGACCGGAUUUUAUCGUGUCAUGUACGACGACGAAAUGUGGAAAUCAUUAAUUGGGAUCCUUCAGACGAAUCAUACAGCUCUCUAUCCUGCAGACAGAUCAAACUUGUUGGAUGACGCUCUCACUCUUGCAAGAGUUGGAAGUUUGAAAAGCGAUCUCGCACUGAACUUGACACUUUAUUUAUUAAAUGAACAAGAUUAUGUUCCGUGGGAGACUGCGCUAUUACAUUUUGAUACUUUGGAUGCCCUUAUGUUUGAAAGUCCUGGACAUUUGUUGUUUCAAAAUUAUAUGCAGAAGUUAUUAAAACCAAUCGUAAAAGCAGUAAGAUGGGAGAAUAACGAACCACAUCUCAGAAAGAAAUUGAGGCUGUUGGUUCUUUCUGCAUCUGUCAAGUACGGUGACUCAAAAACCAUCGAAGAAGCCAAGAAAAGAUUUUACAUUUGGAUGAAGAAGGGUGAAAAAGUCCAUCCCGAUUUGAGAAGUGUGGUUUAUACAGUCGGAGUAAAGUUCGGAACCCAAGAAGAAUGGGACUUCUGUUGGAAGAAAUAUCAAGAGAGUCAGAUCCCUUCAGAGAAACGCCUUCUAUUGAACGCACUCGGGAAUACGAGAGACAUCUGGCAACUUUCUCAAUACCUGAAUUACUCUCUGAACAGAGAUAAAAUACGUUCGCAAGACACCAUAUCUGUACUGGCAACUGUAUCUCACAAUCCGGCCGGCCGUCUUUUGGCUUGGAGAUUUGUGAGGGAAAACUGGGCGACGCUACUAGACAUGUUCGGACAGGGAAGUUUCUCCAUGGAUGUCAUCAUAUCAGAAGUUAUCUCUCAUUUCAGCACAAGAUUUGAUUAUAAUGAGGUGAAAACAUUUUUUAACAAAGUGAAUGUGGGAGCAGGUGCCCAGGCAUUAAAUCAGAGUCUGGAAAAGAUUCGUGCCAAUAUUUACUGGAGAGAGAACAUCGAAUCCUCUGUUGUUCGGUGGCUACAACAACAGAUCAAUCAAAAUAUGCAAGAUUAAUACUAUUAAAAGAAAUCAUAUCAUAUACUUCAAAUAACCAUUUUAAUAUCUUAUCAAUUUGUAUAGAUCUACUUAAAUCAGAACUGUUAUUUAACUCAUAGCUUUAUAAAAGUAAUUCUGACCAUAUCAUUUAUAUAAGGAAAACAAAAAUGGCAAAAUUUUUGCUUUUAUUAAUGAUGUAUGAAUUUCAGAUCCUAUUGGAUAAUACUUAUUCCAAAUGUAUGUAUAAAACUAGAUCCCUGUUAGUACACAUACAUAGUACUGACCAGUUAAAUUUUCUUCUGUAUAUUUAAAUAUGAAACAAAUGGCCGUAUUCCUUUAUUGGGCCAUUACGGCUAAAUAAUUACUAAGUAAUUUGGAAGGAGGUAGAUGGUUACGCUGCCAUCUCUCUUUAAAUUUAAUAAUUAAAAACAGUUAAAGGAAUCAGCUGUUCGUCCAAUAUUUGAAGUAAUUAUCAGGUUAAUUGUAUUUAUUAUGUACACAUUCUUUCAAAACGAAUGCCACCAUUUUAAGUUACCAUAAUUAUGUUAUUUAUUGUCCAAGAAGUGUGCAUCAUAUGCCACUCGAUAGAGCAGAUGUCAGAGUUACAUCUCCCACUCACAUUGGAUGUCUCAUGUCCUAACUCUAGGAAGUACCAUAAACAAAAAUGGCGACUUCGCAUUUCGUGUUCUGCAGUUUGCAAAGUUGGAAUCACUGUUGUGCAUUUGUUUUGCGUACAAUUUCAGAACAAUCUGCUGUGUAAGACAAACAUUUUUUGGUGAUAUUGACAGUUCUGGGAGAAAGCAAAACAGUUCCAACUUUGUAAGCAGAACACAAAAUGACUUCUGUGUCAUGGAGUUGCCAUUUUUGUUUAUGGAGCUUCUUAGAGGAAGUAGACAACCAAUGUUUGAGCACACGCGGGAGACGAAACUUGGACGAUUACUCUACGGAUUGGUGUACUGUACAUCACAUACUUCUCACAUAAUAGUUAACACUAUUACACUAACUUAAAAUGGUAGCACUCAUUAUGGAAGACCCUGUACCUUCAUCUUUCAGUAUAUUUAAUGGUAAACAAGAUAUUCUAGGUAUACACAAUGUAGACAUGAAUAAUUACUGUAAAAUAGUAUCAUGUGAAAUAGUAACUUUUUAUUCAAAGAUCUUGCAAAUAAAAAUGCCAAUGAAAUUUACUCUUUACUCGAUCCAACAUGUUAUAGUUACUUGUUGAGAAACAAUAAUGAUCGAUUUGAACUUUCAAAAAAGAGUCAUAACUUGAAAUGAUUUUUUGGGGGCAGUGCAAAUGGUAUCAAGUGAAGAAUAUGUCCUAUCAGCAGUUUACUUUCAGUUUUGUGUAAGAUAUCUUUUUACAUAUUGAUAUUACAGGAUCUUCCAAAAAGAAUGCUAUCAGGUGAAAUUAUUCUAAUUAUGUUAAUUAUUAUCCGAGAACAGACAUUAAAACAUUGGAAAACUGUACAAGUUUCGCAUUUGCCCAUUACAGAUUUCGACAUGUGCACCUCAUAUUACACAGCAGACAUCUGACUGAUACUCAAAUUCUUCCUAUUCUCACUACGGCAUAUCCGCUGUCACUCCUCACACAGCAGCCACAGUUCCACGGUUGCCAAUUGCCACUUGCAUCAUACGACAAUAAGUGAUUCCAGGUUUGAAACUGCAGAACACAAAACACCUUCCAUAUUGUGGAGUCGUCAUUUUUGUUUACAGCACUUCCUGGAAGCCGUAUACAAUGCAAAGGAUGAUUACGGUUAAUAUAAUUACAGUAGUUUAAAACGAUAGCAUCCAUUUUGGAAGAUCCCAUAUUUUAGAAAGCAUUUUAGCAAAAUAUUUAUUUUUCAAUAAAGGUUAAAUUAAUUAAAGAAGGAUCAAAUUAUUAAACAUUUGGACUUCAAUAUUUCUUGUGAUUGUAUGAAAAAAUAUCUCCAAGAUAUGCUCUUUGUUUAUUUAAAAAUGUUUUUUUGGUCCAGAAUAAAAAAAUAAAUUCAUUCGAUAUCAACUAUAUUUUAAUUAAUUGAGAACAAUAGAGAUAUAGUUAAAACUUCUUCGUGAAGCCAGUGAGAAUGCUAUAUUACGUUUUAAAUUUAUUAUAUGGGUAUCCCUCAAUUACCGUGGUUAAUUAAUUCCUCAUUGCUACUGUGUAUAUCAAAAUGGUGUUAAUCAAAUAGAGGUACAGUAUCUGCAUUAGUAUACCAAGUCCAGUGUACUUAAUACCACUUGUAUGACCUUAUACCUUUAACCUUAUAUACUUUAAAGCAGUGUUUCUCAACCUCUAACGAAUCGUCGCACCUUUCAGUAAAACCGUUACGUAGUAUCGCCCCCUUCACUACAAAAUUCCGAUGCUAAGGGCCAAGACUUACGCCAAAUUCGUACUACAUUGAAUAGACUAGUGAUCAGCGUUGCCAGAUCUGAAGGUUAAAAAGGAGCGUGGUUGUGCUCCAAAAGUAGCGGAUUUGAACUGUUUGUAGCCCAAACAAUAAAAAUGAAUUCUUUUGCAACUAUGCACUUUUACUAAUGAAAUAAGUUUGUAAUAUAUGUAUAUACAUACACAGGGUAUAUCAGAAUGACGUUUUAAAAAUUUGGGGAUUGUAGAGGAUGAAAUUUUGAACGUUUUGAUAUAAGGAACCUACAGCCGGAAAUGAGAUACGUAUAAAGUUUCUACUGCACUUUGCACGUUCUAUGAGGUCGGUAUGCUGGAUGAAACAGCAGAAUACAGUAUUU